AACGAAGGCAGCUUGAGGAGGAGGAUCGCCUGGAUCACCGGAAUACCCAGCACGGCGGGCAGUGCAGCGGGCGUUGGAAUGGGCGCCCUGAUUAACAGUGCCGGCAGCAGCGCCAGUAGUGUCAUGGGCAUCGGCAUGGGCAGAGCAGCUGCUACGGGAGCAGCAGCAGGUGCAGGAGCACCAGGAAGUUCUGGGUCUGGUGCAGAGGCAUCCGCCGGCACUUUGAUAGCUCAGAGCACGGCGGGAACGAGCGCCGCCAGCAGCGGAACGAUCACCUGGGACAACAAUGGAACCCUGCGAUCAAUCAAUCCCGGCGACUGGUCCACCGAACAGUGUCUGGGGCCACAUCACCUGUACUUUCAGCUCGGCUGGGCCUUCCUCUUCCUAGCCUUUUUGGCUCCCCACGGUCCCUACGGUUCCCUGUGGAUGAGGGCCAUGCUGCUCAUUGGCUGCCUGAUGAUGGGCAUGCAUGGCUACUUGGCGGCCUGUGCACCGGACGUCAUCCUGUGGUCGGGCAUGGGACUUUUUGUCAACUUCAUCUAUCUCGUCGUGGUGCUGUGCCGACUGAGGCCUGUGAGAUUCGAGCAGGAAAUCGAGGCGGUGUACACGGCACUUUUCCAGCCGCUGCACGUGACGCGCCAUCAGUUCAAGAAGGUGCUCAACUGCAUGAAGGUGAUACGUGCCCUCAAGUACCAGGAGGUCUACGCCCAGGAGAAGGUCACCAAGGUCGACAGCCUGUCGUUGGUGCUGAGCGGCAAAUUGGUGGUGUCGCAGCAUCAGCGCGCCCUGCACAUUGUGUUUCCCCAUCAGUUCCUAGACUCGCCGGAAUGGUUUGGCGUCUCGACCGAUGACUACUUUCAGGUCUCCAUCAUGGCCAUGGAGGAGUCGCGGGUGCUGAUCUGGCAUCGCGACAAGCUCAAACUGUCAAUUAUGGCCGAGCCCUUCUUGCAGACCGUCUUCGAUCACAUUCUCGGCCGGGAUGUGGUCAAGAAGCUGAUGCAGGUCACCCAGGUGAGCGAGUCGAUAGCCAGCAAUGGCUUCCUGCCCUCUGGUGGAUAUGCUGAGGAUGCGGAGGACAAGCCCAUGUUGAUACUCAAGAAGAGUGUGGAUGUGGGACACGGACUGACGGCCCUGAUCAACCGGCAGCUACAGGACGAGCAUGUUCCUUUACUCGGUCGCACGUACAAACAACAACAACAACUACUGCAACAACAACUUGAACAACAACGCGUACAAGAUGCAACAAUCAGCGCCAACAACAUCGAGCAAAGUGCAAUCUGAAUUUAUGCAAUCGCCCGCUGCUGCUCAACUUGCCACGAACCGAAAACAGAGCACCCAUCCGUCCCUUCUCACCUUUGACCUGCACAAGAACAACCAGAAAAACUACACCACCCACACACGCAAACCACCAUCAGUCAUCAGUCAGUCAUCAAUCACGCGCAGCAACAACAACAGCAACUUCACGAUCAUCAGAAAAGCGAAAAGCGCUGUCGAAGAAAUCUGGAAACUAUCCAUCAAAAUCCGCAUCCUGAGUCCCAUAUAUAGUCAUCUCAUAUCUAGCAUAGCAACUAGCACUAGCUAAACAAACAUCUAACACAUCUAAUCGUUCUAAUAGCCAACUUUGUAUUACCCCACUACUGCAAACAAUUAGCCAGAGACUUGAGUUCUUGUGUAAACUAAUCGUAUUGGGAAACAUAAACUUUUCGUCCCAGCGGAAAUAUUCCGAAACACCGUGUUGCCAGUUAGAAGGCUAUAAGAACUUACAUAAACAACUAAAAAAGUUUACGGAUAUGAACAAAAAUGAUUCUUCUUUUCGCCUUAUAACCCUAUUCAGCAGUGUUCUUCAAUUACCUAACAAUUACCUAUUAAACAGGGAAAUAACAAAACUAACAUGUUUGUGUAGUUUGUUUAGUAACUCACUAAAAUCUAGGAAACUGCUAACACUGCCUAAAAUUCUUUAUAAUUUUACGUGACAACCCUACUUAGCAGUGUAGACAAAAUCUUAACAUGUAGACCCUCAUUAAAAAAAAGAAAGAUAUUUUUUCACUAAAACUAUUUAAUUAAAACCGUGCUAAUAUACUUGUAUCCCACGGUAAAAAAAAGCAAUUAUUUCAAAUAGAAAACGCAAAAAAAAGAAGUAGGAAACUUACUUACAUGGCAACACUGUUGAAAUAUGCUCCCUGAAUCCUUCGCAAAAACUAUCGUUAACUGCAGUCAAACCAGUUGUAAAAAUUGUAAUUUAUUUUGAAUGAUCAUGGUUGUAUGUUGAGUUGUAGUCAGACAAGACACUUGAUUGCACAUGAAUUAGUUUCAGUUUGAGUGGGUUUUUCAAUUGAACACGAUCAGAAAGCCAACCAAGGUUUAAAUUUGAAAUUAAUUAAUUGUGGUUUUGAGUUUGAAUUGGAUUUAGUAUUAUUUGAUAUAGAAUGCAAUAUACAAAUAUUUUAUAGUAGUAAUUGAACAUGAGUCGAAGAAGUUUUUAAGUACCACUUAGUCGAUCUUCUAAAAAAGACUUUACACUCGUGCAAUAAAGAAAACUUUUGUAGACGCAGACCAUGUUCUAAGAACUUAUAAUGAGUAUUUAACAGCUUGAUACGAUUGCUAGCAUAAUGACUGGUAUGGAAACUGGUUUGAUUACAACUCUUCAGCUUCAAUUACCGAUUCCAGAUCUCAAGAUCGAUCAGUCUAGUGUCUAGUGACAGGGGGGAUAGGU